CUUCCUGUUAUGUAAAGCUGACAUUAUACUCGAGGCAAACUGUGCAGGGAGUUUUGUUUUCAGCAGAGCGAUGGUCUCCGACUCCCCUUUUCUGCUGGCUGGGGUCUCCCUCCUGUCAGCCCUGCAAAUGGGUAAGCUGAACAUGUUAGCACAUCUACUGAGGCUUAUUUAAGAUGUAAGAUUUAUAUUGAAAGCUUUUUAUACUCCUGAACCGGUAGGAGGGUUUUCUGGUUGAAAUUGACGUAGGAACUGUCAGACAAGUGAAGAAAAAUAGGAUUGUUUAGCGGUGUUCUUCUUCCAUUUAUGCUCAGAUUCAGUGGAUCUGUGAUAGGAUUAGUAAGGAUGAACUUUCCCUUUUUAAAGUUAAAGUGUACAGGUUGAGCGACUGAAACCUGCUCAUCCUCUGGGGAUAUACAGUAGAUCAAUAUUACCAAAGAGCUUCAGGGCCGGCACUUUGAACAAAUGAAAGGUAGAAGUGAUGCCGAGGGAUGUUUAGAGUUGAGUCACAUGUGUUGGUUUGUCAAUAAUAAUGUUAAAACUAGGGAACAAAGUUUAAAUGUUGAAAACAGUAUGCAAGUGUCACAAAAAUGUUGUCAAGCACAUCUAGAAUAAAAAAAAUAAAGCAAUUAGAAUGUAGAGUCUAAAUACUGAGAUUAUGAAAACCAAAAACUGUGAGAAAAUAAUGUCCAUGUAGGCAUAAUGUGUGUGGCAAACAGGUGGUUGGGGAUCCUGACAGGAUGGGUUGAACUAUCAUCAACCAGUUACCAACUAAAGACAUGCAUAGCUCCACACUUAAAGUCAAAGAAAAAAUAGUUACUCUGACUCAACAGUCAGAAACACCUCAUGUCAUCAAAUUUUGAUUAGCCUAUCCACAUUGAUGUUAAUAAAAGGCCGAGUUAAAUUAUUAUUUUGUUUAUUUGUUCUAACUCAUAGUAAACUGAACAAUUCCAUUGAAGUUAAUGCUUGAAAUGGUGCAGGAAUCCUCUCAGAGGGUUAAUUCAAUAGGAUGUAUGUGAUCAUGUUGCCUCUCAUGUUGGCUUCUGUGCUUGAAAUGUAAUUAUUGUUAUUGGGUUGAUGAAUUAGAAUCAAGUAUUUAAUACAGCUGGGUAUUAUGUAAGUGUUUACUUGAAAUAUUAAGAGUUAAAUCAAAAUGUCAACAAGUUGACUGGUACUUAAAAUAAAGGGUUAGGGUUAGAAGUCAAAAUGAAAGUUCUAAAAGCUGAAACACAAGAUCCUCUUUUGUUUUUCAUGACGCAAAACUGUGAAAAUAUCUUUGAUUAAGUUAAAACUGCUAAGUCAGUUCACCUUUGUAUGCAACCAUUACCAAUGAUCGCACAUGUCAAUGCCUCUGGGAGUGAAGUGAGGAAAAAAAUUAACUCAACAAUGAAAUGUUUUAAUGAAAAGACAUCAUUUGGUCCUUUUGUGAUGGUCUAAAUUGCUGAGAUGAAGAAGAUAAGAGAUUAGUAUUUUACAAUAAGACUCAUAUAAUCAAGAAUACAGUUGUAGUCCAUGAUGAGGGAAUCACUUUGGGUGUAGAGUGAAAAUAAAGCUGAGCAUCAUGGCCCGGAUGUAACAAAAUAAACAUUGAAAUGAAAGUUGAAUACCUUUUUUAAACAUAAAUUUCAGUAAACAUUUUCUUCACCUCUUUUUGAUGUCUUCUCAUUUCUGUCUCCUUGCAGGAUACCUGGCCCGGCGGGUUGGUUGGGCCAGGAUGGCUCACAAAGUCCUGCCUCCCUCUGUCAGUGGACCUCCAGAGUUUGAGAGGACAUUCAGAGCACAGUGAGAGGACUAUGGGCUCUAUUUUCGCGUCCGCCGGCGACACGGCAGAGGGUGGCAGACUCCGCGCAGUGGUAUUUUCGUCUGGUGGAGCCCGGCAUACAGCUAGUUUAGUAUUUUCGUGGACCGAGGCACACCAAGGUCCACCAAGCUGGGCGUGUUGGUGUCGCAGGGGGAGGUGUCCACAGAAUCAGCUGGCGCAGGGACAUUUUCGUGCUCACUGUUGGCAUGUAAAGUGCGCUGAAAGCUCGCCGAUUCAAACCUGGUCAGCUUUCAGUGCAGGCGGAGCGCAGCUGGUCUAGUGGUAUUUUGGAAGACCGGCGGCGUAUCAGCAUACGUCACCGAUGCCUCACCGGCAGGUUUCCACAGUGUCAAGCACAUUUCAGUGCAAUAAAUAAUCAACAACAACUAAUAAUCUGAGUCAGCAAAUACGUUAAGAUCUAUAUAGAUAUAUUCUGAUCUAUAUCUGAUCUGAUGAGCGCGUUUGGCACGCGUUUGGACACUCAACCUGACCGAAAUAACACAGCUGAAACCACAUUAAAUUAAAUUAAAUAUCUAGUAAAUAAACACACAUGAUGAAGUUAACAAGAUAUGUAAUUCAUCUCCCUCCUUUUCUUUCUUUCUCUUCCUCUUAUUUCUCGCGCAGCUCGACCUGGACAUGUCUCUGUGUCCUCUCCCCGUCCUGCUGCAGCGGCUGAACAGAUGAUUUGUUUCAGUGAUCAGAUGAUUUAUUUACUUUUAGCCUACAUACGAAUAUUAUAUUAUUCAGUUUUGUGAGCCAAAUUUAUUUCAUCUAUGAAAGAAAGAGCCAGGCCACGGAGCGUGAUGUGUCAUUUACGAACAGAUGGUUCAGAUUUGGAUGCCAUUAUUGGAAUUUAUGUUGUGAUCUGUGCGCACAACCCACCUUUGUCACGUGAGGUUUGAAUAUGUGCAACUUUAUGUGAGUGUCUUUAUUUGUGGAAAAGGGUGUUUGUCUUACCAGUGGGUCCAACAUUACACACACCAAAUCCAUCUGUGCUCAUAUGAGAGAGUGUGGAGGACGCCCUCUGCAGCGUUUACAGCGACACUUGUUGAGGAGCUGCCUUCUGUCGCCAUCGUGUGGCAUUACUGUCUUCUGACAUCUCUUGAUCUCUUUGACUACUUCACAAAAAUUGUAAUACGCCUCGCCGGUGGCGGAUUUAAAGGCGAGGAGAGGAGCUGAUGUUAUUGGUCAAUACAGGUCUCAGCUGUGUUAAACCCACUCCACGCCCUCUCUCCUCCCUCGCUACGACUUACGCCGCUGGGAGGAGCUGAGUUUGGGAGGAGGGAUACUUACGCCGGGCUGCGCCGCUCAUCAAAAUACCAAAUUGUGCUUGGGAACGCCUUGUCGGCGCGGCGGACCUGACUUAUGCCACGCCUAUGCCACGUCUCCGGCGAAGCAUGAAAAUAGAGCCCUAUGUCUUGUUUUUAGACCUAUACAGCACCACUUUAUAGACUAGACUCUUGAAAGUGACAUGUCAUAAGUCCACUGAUGAGUGUAACACACAACCUCAGCUUCAAAGUAGUUGGGAUGCUGAAUAUAAACCGUAUUUGCUGGUUUGCAAAGCCUAUUUUUAAUUGAUAAAAGUGCAAAGACAGCAUAUCCCCCAACACCCACAGGCCCAGCUACAUCUGUUCUCAUUCUGGGUUUGUGCACUGGGUGUAAGUUCUAGUGACAUACAUAGAUGUUUGUCAUAAAGUUGGGCCAAAUUUAGAUUUUAUCUUUAAAUCAUUAAACCAUCUAGGGCCUGUCUUUUAUUGUUCAGUAAUUUUACCUUAUGCUGUCAGUUCUUGUUCAGGUGAGUGUUUUCUCAGAUGAUCUUUUUUAGAAUUUAGUUUCUAACCAGCAGGUAACCUGAGCCCCUGAGGUAGGAACUUAUAAAAUCAACCAGUUCUCUUUUUAUUUACUGUGAACCAACAGGUCUUCAGUUUGCUAAAAUAACAAUAUUGGAGGUGAAAAGUCAAGCUUAGCAGCUCUGUCAGCCAGAGUAGAGGAAAACAAUUUCCAAAAAGUCUAUUGUUGACUGAAAGUCAUUUUUUGUUGUAGUCCAGGGAAAAGGAACACCAAUCAGCUUUUCUGAAGCAGUGUCACAGAUAUUUGUGGUUUUAACACAGAUAUAAUCUCAGACUCAUUAUUAUAAUACUUCCAAAUUACUGAGUUAUUAAGUAAAUUCCCUUGUUGUUCAGUAUGUGUGGAUAGAGAAAUGACAUUUUCAGACCAGAACUUUUUCAACAUCAGGCUGUAGUUUCUGCUGUAAAGAUGAGCUUUUAAGAGUAGGUGUGUACAGGGCUCCUUGUGCUUUUGCAGCCAGCCUCUAGUGGACACUUGUGGAACUGCAGUUCUUAGCACACUGGAACUGUCUUUAUUUCUCAGGACCUGUGGUUGAUGCUUGUCUUGAAUAUGGAUGUGUAUAUGUGUUUGUUGCAGUCAGAAUUGUGUGGAGUUUUACCCUCUGUUCCUGGUCACCAUGUGGACCUGUGGCAUGUUCUUCGGCGAGGUGACAGCAGCUGUAGGAGGACUGGUAUAUAUGAUCGCCCGACACAUUUACUUCAAUGGAUAUGUCAAAUCCAGCAAAAAAAGGUUCAUUUUAAAACUUUGCUUUUUUUAAAAAUAAGAAUACUUGAUACCAAUUUUAAUUAAGCUCUCCAUGACAGUAAAAAAAAAACUGUACUUUAUGAGAGUCAAAUAUUGUCUGCUUUCUCUGGUUUGCAGGUUACCUGGUUUUUACCUGACUCUGGCUGUAUUUGCCCUACUUUCUUUGCUGGCUUUUAUUGGAGUACUGCGUGGAAUACUACACAAAUACUUCCACAUCCACCUCUAAGGGUUGAAUCUGAUGAACAUUUUAAUAUCACCUUUCACACAGGAGUUAUCUCAGACAAAUGUUUGAGACUGAAAUGUUUAAAUGUUUUGUAGAGCAAAAGAAAACCAACAAAAAAUGGGGUUCAACUUAACAAUAUCAUAUAAUGUUCAACAGGGCAUACCAAUGUUUUUUAUUACUCCAAGAUGUCUACUUUUUAAAAUGGAUGGUUAUUUUAAAAUUGUUUGCUGCAAAAUUUUGUUUUUUGAUGUUUUUUUUUUCUUUUAGAUAAAAAGUGAGUGAAAAUUAAAGCCUCUUUAAAAAGGGACAGCAUCUGCUCUGUGACAUGUAUCACAAGGAAUCAAAGUCAAAAUAUCAUGAAAUUUUGAGUGAAUAUUCAUGGACAGUUUUCAUGUGAAAUAAAGCAAAGUUUUAAGAAUACCAAAGUCAGUCUUGGUAGCCCCCAACAGGAAAUCAGUGCAGCCAGCAUUUGCAAUGGGGGCCUAUUGGUGCAUUUCAUGUGAAAAUAAGCUCAAUCAAUUUAGUAAAACUAAAACUUAAACAUUUAAAAUUAUAUAUGUGAAAACUGUCUUGUUUAUGAAUAAUUUGUAAAGCCUCAUAUGUUGCAUGUGUUUUUAUAAGAUGAUGUAAGCCAACAGGCUGUUUUUAACCAGAGAAUGAUAAAAAACACUAAAAUAAAUCAUGAAAUCAAUCAUUUAUCACCAAUAAAGGUUAAAUCAUUCUUUGAUAUUUGUGUAAAUGUUUAAUUUGUGUUUUGUAUUACAAUGCAACAAGAUUAUAUAUUUUUACAAGGCAUAGUUUUUUUCCAUCCUAAUGUUUAUCAGUUAUUCUGGCCUAUAUCUUUAUUCCCACUGUAACAAAAUAGAAACUUAGCCUUUUAAAAAAUACUUAAACAAAUUACUUGUUUUCCCAGUUGGGUCAGUCAACGUGUAAUAAAGGUGCAUUUGUAUGUA